AUGGAUCAAAAUGAUAAAGAAAUAGAUGAGGAAUAAUUUAAAAAGGAAUUUGAAGAAAAGGUUGAAAAACGUAAACAAUGGUUAUUAGAGGAAUUGAGAAGUUGUGGAAAGUUUUUAGAUGUAAGUGCAAAGAAAUUAGAUGAUCUAGAUGCUUUGACUGUAAAGAGCUAUUCAAAUAUAAAAGAUAGCAUUGUAUCUUCAUGAGUGUUAAGCAGAAUUAACAGUGUUUCAUAUAGGAGCUAAUUCAAUAAGUGACAGAGGAUUUAUUGACAUGUUGACAGGAUUGCAAUGGCAUGAUAAAAUUAAAGAAAUUUAUAUUGGAAAUAAUGAAAUUACAGAAGUAGAAAAAUAAUGAUAUAAUAUUAUUAGAUAGGUAUUUAAGGUUUGAUUGAGAUUUCAAGCUGUUUCAAAUAAUUGAAAAUAUUGAGUAUGAGUUCUUGUUCAAUUGAUGAUUCAACUUUCAUUUAAUUAUGUUAUGCACUGCCAGAAUUAAAAAAUUUGUAAUAAUUGUAAGUGCCAGCAAAUAAUAUUUCAGAUUAUGGUAAUGAAAUAUUAAAUAUUAUAGGAUUGAUAUGUUUUUCAACUUUGUUAGCAACAAACAGUUUACCUAAUUUGACUGUAGUUCAUUUUGGUAAUAAUCCAUUGACAUCUAAAUCUUUGGUUCCAUUUUUUUAGGCCUUGAAAAAAAAUAAGACUAUCAAAAUCUUAUAUUUAAACGAUAUAGGAAUGGAAUUGGUAACAAUUAAAUAAGUGGCUAUUUGUUUGAAAAAAAAUAAAACAUUGGAAGAUCUUAAUUUAGGAAAUACAGGAUUUUCUGAUAGUGCAGCAUCAAUAUUAUGGCCAAGUUUGAAAUAUUUAAAGAAAUUAUAAUUAUGGAAUAAUCAUUUAACAGAUAAAUCCAUAUUUGAAUUUAUAAAUGUAUUAGAAAGAGAAGAUAUUGGAUUAACAUAUGUAGGAUUAUAGGAUAAUGAGAUUGAAGAAUUAGAUUUGGUUGAAGAUUUGAAUGCUUUACUUAAAUAGAAUGAACUUAUAGAGAAAUUGACAGAAUAAAUAGAACAUAAAGAAGAAUAAGAAGAAGUGGAUGAAGACAAAUAGGUUAAAUAAAUGAUAGAAUUAGCAAAAUUAGAGGAGAUAGAAGAAAAAUUAGGAUAAUUAGAAAAGCUUGAUGAACCAUAAGAAGAGAAAUAAGAUGUUGUUAAUGAAUUAUAAGGAAAAUUAAAAAUAAAAAAAUGGACUGGGGAGAUUGAAGAUCCUGAAGAUAAAACAUUAAAACACUCUGUAAUGGAAUGA